UGAAUGUAUCAUUGAAGAAUGAAGUUAAGCUAGCCAGUCGGCGGCCGGCGGUUCAGUUGGUUCAUUAAACUUACCGAACGGCGUUGUAAUAUUAAUAUCGUAUAUAAUAGACAUCGCGUGUGGCGUGUACAAUAAAAUUAAAAUUAUAUCAUACUUGUUCGAGUGUCGGUCGGAGUGUCGUACAUUUAUUAAUAACACCCGCGCGUAAAAGUCGUAUGUACCUGCGUAUAAGUGCUGUGUACAUAGUCAGUGUCAUCGAAUAAUACAAAAAUGCUAUUUUAUUAGCUUUCGUCAACUUUCCACGAUAACCCGCUGGAUACAAUAUAAUAAUAACAUUGAAGUUAAUGAAAAUAAAUUCGAUUUUAGUCGACAAAUGAUGAUCCCUCAUCUAUCAUUCCAGACUAGUUUGAUUUUCGCUACCGCCGUCAUUUACGUAUUGAUUUCCCUGGUGUCCAAUGCUAAUGGUCAAAUAAAUUGCUAUGAGUGUACAGUACAUGCACCAGAACAGUACAUGAACCGAACGGCCAGACUGUGUUCGAAGUUUGAUGGAUCCGAUCAUUACAAAGUACACUGUCCAAAUUCUACAUAUUGCAUGAAAAAAUCGUUUCAACUCGAACUACAGGCCGGAAAAAUCGUAAAAGGAAAUGUGAGGGGGUGUGCGCCGCAAAAAUACGAUUAUCAAGUUUACAAAAACGGGUCGUGGAAAGUCGAGUCAGCCAUCGAAUACGAUUCGUUUAAAAAAGGAUGCUAUUCCGGCAACGAUGACCAACUAAGGACAGCGGAAACGCAGUUCUGCUACUGUGACGAUAACCUUUGCAACAACGCCAAACAGACGACGAACUUUUCCAGUCACACGGAUACGAUUGCCGUGAUCAUCAUUUACAACAUCAUGAGGUUUCUAAAAACCCACACGCAACCGGCGUAACGUAGCUUUCGUAUACAUCGUGCGACGUCUAGAAAUCUUGGUCAACGGUACAAAGACUAAAUUAAUAAUAAAUGAAAAAACAAAAAAUGCUAAAAACAACAUUUAACGCGAGUGUGAAUAUUGGCAUAUUUUGGUUUUUUAAUAUAUUUAUUGGAACGACGUCCAAAAUGUAUACUGUUAUCUUAUCGUUAUAAUAUAAUAAUAAUUUAUCUUUUUUUCGUUCAAAUCUAGAAUUACCUAUACCUAUAUCUAAUGUACCUACUAUAAUAGAGUUAUCAUCGAAUGUACUACGUAUAAGUGUAUAGCGAAAAAAAACUUAUUAAGUUGGUACAAUAUGGUAUUAAAUUUAUCUAUAUUUGAUCAUUGACUAGAAGAAAUAAAAUUAUUAUAACAGAAUAUUAUAACGGAAAUCUACGAUAAAACAAAAUUAUAAGAAUGAUUUAAUUAGUUUUAAACAAGACUUGGCUGUGUUUAUUUGUAUGUUAAGAAUACACGUUAAAUAUGUAAUUUUUUUUUUAUCCUAAUGAUAUAAUACCUCUACUGUACUGUAAAUUGCAAUGUACACUUUAUUCAAUAAAAUAUAAUGUAAUUAACGAAAAA